CGCCUCGUGCACUCCGCGCGCGCGCGCACGUGCGGCCGCUCCGCAGGGAAAGAAGAAAGCGCGAAUGAAGCGAGGCAGGAAGGUUGUGAAUUUGCUCUGAGGAGCGCGGACGCCUUUCGGCGGGAUGGGACGAGCGCGCGCCCGCUGACGGCUCGGCGCGCGCACCGCUGAGGCGCCAGGAAGAAAGCGGAGACUGAGCAUCCACGAGCGACCGAAGAGACCCCCCCCACCGCGCACCCCCACCCCGCCGGAUUCUCGGACGAUGACGGCCAAUGACAGGCGCCCGGGUGAACCGGUGAAUGCUCGGGGUUGUCUUUAGCUCCGCCUCCACAGCCACACCCGACUCAAAGAGGGACCGACCCCCCCGCUCCACGCCUUGCCGCUCAGGUGCCGCCGUCCGAUGCUAAAUAGCCGAGGCUCGCGAUGAUGAUGACGAUACGUUCGGGAGAAACUCUGCAUCGGUGUCUCGCUGGGCUAGUUUGAAAGGUUGUCCGGCGCGCUCGGGCGUGCGGGGGCGCCCUUCUGUCCCGUCAAAACACAACAAAGGCGAUAAGAAGGUGGCAAACUAUACAUUGCGCGUCCUCCGACGCGGCCUGGCUUCCGUUCGCUUCUUGAAGGAUAUCGCGGCGUUUCCCGGUCUCCUCGUUUGUUCCGUGCGCUCAGACGGCGUGCCCGUGCGUCGGCAGGAGCGCCAGCAUGGGGGCCGCGUGGCCGCCGCCCCUGCCGGUCUUCCUGGCGGCGUGCUGGCUGGUGCCGCCGGGCGGCGCUUCGUCGUCCAUGCUGUGUCCCAAGCGCUGCACGUGCCAGAACCUGCUGCCGUCCUACACCGUUCUGUGCGCCAAGACGGGUCUGCUCUUCGUGCCGCCCAACAUCGACAGGCAGACGGCCGAGCUGCGCCUCAUGGACAACUUCAUCACCACGCUCAGGCACCGAGACUUUGCCAACAUGUCCAGCCUGAUCCAUCUGACGCUGAGCCGCAACACCAUCAGCCAGAUCCGGCCGCUGGCCUUCGCCGACCUCCAGGACCUGCACGCCCUCCACUUGGACGCCAACCGCUUGACCGGCCUGGACGACGCCCACUUCCAGGGCCUGCUCAACCUGCGCCAUCUCAUCCUGGCCAACAACCAGCUGCACCGCAUCACCCCGGGAGCCUUCCAGGACUUCCUGGAGACCCUGGAGGACUUGGACCUGAGCUACAACAACCUGGUGGACGUCCCGUGGGACACCAUCUCCAAGCUGGUCAGCGUCAACACGCUGAGUCUGGACCACAACCUCAUCGAGAGCGUUCCCCAGGGGAUCUUCUCCAACCUGCACAAGCUGGCCAGGCUGGACAUGACGUCCAACAAGCUGAAGAAGAUCCCGCCCGACCCGCUGUUCCUGCGCAUCCCGGUCUACGCCAAGAUGAAGGGCUCGCCGCUGACGGCCUUGGUUCUGAGUUUCGGCGGGAAUCCGCUGCACUGCAACUGUGAGCUGGUCUGGUUGCGGCGGCUGACCCGCGAGGACGACCUGGAGACCUGCGCCUCCCCGAGAGACCUCGCCGGGAAGUACUUCUGGACCAUCCGAGAGGAGGCGUUUGUGUGCGAAGCCCCGAUGAUCACGCGCCACACGUCCAAGAUGUUUGUGAUGGAGGGCCAGGAGGUGAGCCUGCGCUGCAAGUCGGUGGGCGACCCGGAGCCCUCCACCCACUGGGUGGCUCCCGACGGCAAGCUAAUGGGCAACACGUCGCGCACCGUCUGCUACGACAACGGCUCGCUGGACAUCCUCAAGGCCUCCGUCAAGGAUUCGGGAAAGUUCACGUGCAUCGCGUCCAACGCGGCCGGCGAGGCCUCGGCGCCGGUGGAGCUGGUGGUCAACCCCUCGCCGCGCUCGGAGCCCGGGCCGGAGGGCGACCCCGGGCCCUCGGACGUGCCCACGUCCAUCAAGUCCAACUCCAGCUGGGGUCAGGCGCGCGCGGCCCCGCGGCGCGUGGCCGUGUCCGAAGUGACGGCCGGCACCGCCCUCGUCACGUGGCCCUCGCCGAGCCACGUCGCCGGCGUGCGCACCUACCAGAUCCAGUACAACAGCUCCGCCGACGACGUCCUCAUCUACAGGAUGAUCCCGGCUGACCGCAAGUACUUCCUGCUGAGCGACCUGGCGUCCGCCCGCGACUACGACUUGUGCGUCCUCGCCAUCUACGACGACGGCGUCAGCGCCUUGACGGGAACCAAGAUGGUGGGCUGCGCGGCCUUUGCCACCGAAAGCGAGUACGGACGAUGCCACUCCAUACGAGACCAGUUUUUGGGCGGCACCAUGAUCCUGAUCCUGGGCGGCAUCAUCGCGGCGUCCGUUCUGGUCUUCAUCUUCAUCCUGCUGACCAAGUACAAGCCGCACGGCGGCCGCCACCGCAAACGCGGCCUCGACGUCCGACGCGCCCACGUCUGCUCGCAGACCAACGGGGGAGCAGGCGGAGGGGGCGGAGCCGACAGCGGCCCGCCGCAAGCGGGGCAAGGUGCUCGCAAAGGCCGCCGGGAGUCUGCGGACGGCCCGCCGACCGGCGCUUGCGCCGCGGGCCUCCGAGCGACGACGGUCGUGGAUUUAAGCGCCGCCCGCGCCGACGGCUCGCAAUGACCAAUGGAGCCAUCCAAGCCGGUUUGCCACGGACCCCCCCCCCCCCCACGUUUCUUCUUUUGCUUUGCUGCCGGCGCUCGGAGCCGAGCCAGGCGAGGCGCUGACCGCCGCCGCCCUGCGCUGAUGCCUUCCCGGUGGCGUCAUCAACACCAUGCUCACCAAGCGUACGCAAAGGGAAUCCGCGCCAGAUGGUCCGACGCCAAGGAAGUCUCCUCUGCACUUUUUGGACUUGGACAUCGCUCGGCUCCUUCGCCGGCAUCCGCGAAGCCAAAGUAUUGGAAACGACGUCCCGGACAGAACAUUCCAGCGGGAACCUUCCGCAAGCCGCGUUGCGGCCAAGAAGGAGGGCCGCGUGAGGAACUUUCCUUUUCUAAAACACUGAAGAACAUUCCGGAAGAAAAACAUCCAUGCCGGAGGAGGACGUCUCCCCUCUUCCGGCGCUUUUUGUUGCGCGUAGCGCGAGGGCACUUGAAACGGUUUCGAAAGGUUCUGCGAGAAGACAAGUUUGGAGUCGCCAGCGCGGCUCGAAGAACGCCAACUCCAAACGACAACUUCUUUAGGUGGCUUUUAUACUCGGCGCGACAAAGGGCCGCAUAUUUUGCUUUCACUCAACAGAGAAAUGUGGCAUUUGUCAAGAAAGAAAGAAAUCUGUAUUUUCAUUGGAAAA